CGAUGUCGCUUCCAGACCACUCAGAACUCCCCCAUAUCCUUUCCUGACUUCAGCUCUCUGCAAGUCACGAUUGCAAGUGCAAGGUCCAGAUGUCGUGGUUAGCUAGAUCCAUAGCCAACUCUCUCAAGCUUGAUGACGAUGAAUAUGACGAUUACCGUAAUAGCUCCAACGACAAUUCUACAAACCAAUCAAAGCGGGAAGAUCAAAACCAAACCGAUCCACAAUCACCAUCAUCAUCGCCUAAUAUUCCCCGAGGCGUCAAGGAGGAUCUCUCGGAGCUCAGCAAGACCCUAAGCCGUCAAUUCUGGGGAGUCGCCUCCUUUCUCGCUCCUCCUCCGCCUGAACAAAGUCAGCCAUCUGAUCGGCCGGAUAAGGAACAGCCUUCCGAUCCGGAUGCCUCCGACGAGGCUGUGAUUGCAGGAAUCCGCAGUGAUUUUGCCGAAAUUGGAGGCAGAUUCAGGUCAGGCAUAUCGAAGCUGUCUAAUAACAUUGCUGUAUCAGAGAUUACUAAGAUUGCUUCGAAUUUCCUCCAAUUCGGAUCUGAGGAAGAGGGUGUCGCCAAUUACCAAUUCGGGAAUGCGGUUGGUGUCUCCGAAGAGGUUGUGGCGUUCGCUAGAGAUAUCGCAACGCAUCCUGAGACUUGGUUAGAUUUCCCUUUGCCUGAUAAUGAUGAUUUUGAGGAUUUUGACAUGUCUGAUGCCCAACAAGAACAUGCUUUGGCAGUGGAACGACUUUCACCAAGAUUGGCAAGUCUUAGGAUUGAACUUUGUCCUGGGUAUAUGAGUGAAGAUUGCUUUUGGAAAAUUUAUUUUGUACUUGUGCAUCCCAGACUCAGUAAGCAUGCCGCAGAUAUUCUGUCGACUCCUGAUGUAAGUGAGGUUUUGUGUAGGAUUAGCAGUCACCAUCAUUUUGUUUCUUCUGUCCUUCAUUCGUUUUCAUCUUUUGUACUUUCUGUUCGUCCAUUUUUUGCAAUUACAGAGAAGCACCCGUUUCAAAGUAUGGAGAUGCCAGUUAUUGAUAAAUCUGUCAUUGAGGAAGAACCAGUGCAUCAUCAAGGCAAAUCGCAACCCAUGCGUUCUAGUUCAUCUAGUAUUUUAGAUGAGAAGUUUGAGGAUGAUGGUGAUGGUGAUGAUUGGUUGAAAGAGGAAAAUUCCGAAAUAGUUAGUAUGGGUGGAACCCCGAUACCUCUUGCCAACGAUGAAGAUGUAUCAUUCAGUGACCUUGAGGAUGAUGACGAUGUGCCCGUAACUUACAAGAAAGUGACCUCUGGUUCUGAUUCUUCAGCAAAAGACUCCCGAGAUUGGGUUCAGCUGGGAAGAAACUCCACAGGCUCAACUAAGGAUAUUAACCCUGUUGGUGAAAAAACUACUGGUUCUGAACAGGUAAGUGUCCAUAACUCCGAGAACAAGGAAUCAAGUGACUGGCUUGAUCUGGAUGACAUAGAUGAGAUGUGAUGAUGUCAUGAAAGCCUUCAAGGUGUUUUAUGUGUUUUAUAGGGUAGUGUUGUCCACACUUACCCAAUUGAUAUCUGACAAUCCUCUUUUCCUUUUGCAAUAAUUCAUUUACUACGGAGAGGGGAAUGCAAAUAGCACUUACCAGUUAAUACCUUUCGAUCUUGUUACCUCAUUGUGAAUAGCCAUUAUAUCCUGAAUUUCAUUGCUUCAGCCUGAGUUUGGUUUGGAGACUAUAUGUUUUGUACAUAAUGGCCAGUUGAGUUGGAUGAUAAUGUGAGCAUGAAGUAUGCGCUGUAAUUUGCAGCGCAUUCAACUC